AUGUGUGUAACCAUCAUCACAUGUUUACUUCUCAAUUAUUGGAAAUAUGUUUUGUACAGGAGUCUCAAUCUCAGGGGUACUAUCAACUGGUUGGAUGUGUACGUGGCUACUCGUGAAGGCAUACCAGCUGCUCAGGAAGUAGCGAAAAAUUAUCGCACUUUAGUUGCUGAGCGCUAUCCUGAGGGCACUCAGCCCCCGCAUAUUGAUCAGGAGCUUUGGGAGAGGGCCUCUAUUGUGAAGAAGAACUAUGUCAAGGGUCAGGGACAACGAAGACGCCCAUCUAUCUUUGGCUCAACCUGUAGCACACAGUCUUCACAGUCACAGAGUCAUCCACUUGUUCAUACUCCUGCUGACUGUGUUCGAGCUAUAUGUCAGGAUCGAGCGCUUCUUCGUGUAUUAGGAGGACAUCUUGGGCUUAUGGAUCCUGAUGAGUUAGCUCGUGCUGUGGCUGAGGCUGCAGCAUCGCAGCAAAGUGAUGGUCAACAGGGUGAUCAUGAUGAUCAGGAUGCUGAUGAUUAUGAUGAGGAUGCUGAUAUUGGAGGAUCUUAGUGUCAGGGUGAUCAUGAAGAUACGGAUGUUGAUAUUGGAGGAUCUUUGAGUAUUCUGGUCUUAGUAUUGUAUAAUUGGAACAUAUGGUUUUGUUGCUGAAUUUUUAGGGAUGAUGUAAACUUUGAUGAAUUUUUAAGGAUGAUGUAAACUUUGAU